AUGCACUUUCAGGACUGCGAGAAGAAAGAGAGCGUAGAAAAAGGCUACAUGGUGAAGUGUCUUUCAGUGGAUGCCAAGCCAGGACCUACUGGGCAGAGUGGAGGUAAGCGACCUACGGUUUUAGAGUGGGUACGGAAGAAAGUGCCAGGAGUGCCGAGCGGCGAUGAUGGGGGUGUUAUGAUUUUUGUUGAAGAAUAUUUAGACAGAGAGACGUCGUAAUUUUCACUGUGCUUCUCGCAUUCUAAGGAUUCAUCGAGGACCACCUGUUUCUCAAGGUUCAGCCGACAUCGAGCCCCAGCAUCUAUCAUCGAGGACCACCUGUUUCUCAAGCAUCAGUCCUUCCCACAGUUCUUCCCACCCAGUCUUUUGUCUGUGUACUGUUCCCACCACAGUCGUUCCCACCCACUUCAGGCUCGCCCCUUGUCUGUGUACCUACUGUGCGCAAAUUGCUCGCAGAGUUUCAGACUUUCUGAGUAUGAGUGUGAGGGUUCGGGUUUGAUAAGUCCUUCUAAUCCCUCCACCCCAGCCGACGAGGACCAUCCGUUUAUCAAGCAUCCAAUCCUCCUUCUAAUCCCUAAACCCCAGCCGACACCAUCGAGGACCACCUGUUUAUCAAGCAUCCGAAUGGGCUAAGAGAACGAGCGCAGAUCGGUGGUGACGGAGCCACCUCAGAGGUGAUCGACAAUGACAGGAACUUGGCCAAUCCUAGUUGCCCAGCUGGAUUGGGAAAAUGCGGCGUUCCUUGUGUACCGAAGAUCAUGGUGAUUAUGGUUUCAAGAGGACCACGACAAAGAUGGUAGAGAAAUAGAAAUUCCAUUUCAAGAACCUUGUUUGUAUGACGAAUACAAAUACAAACACAUGAUGUUUGUACUAGUUGUACGACGAAUACAAAUACAACGAGAACUACAUGAUGCUCGUGUAUAGCUACAAGCUUUACUACCUUGACAAGUGAUCACCUCUCUCGAAUCCCCCAGCUGGCACCGCCGACCCACCUGCU